AUUCAGUACAUAGAUUUAAGAGACCGGUUUAACGGAGAUAUUCGCACGUGUGAGAUUCUGCUUCACAUUCUUGGCUGGAUUCAUCCAAAGUUCAGCUUCGCGUGGGUUCUUCAGGACUUGAAAGAAACUCUUGCACAGGAGCUGGAUUUUGAAAACGAGGGAAGGAACGGAGAGCGGUGUCAGAAGGAUCUACAACAUCUCAGUUUCAUCUACAUCCCUAAAGUUCUCUGGAACAUCACCAGCAAGAGAGUUCUGACAACAGAGUUUAUUGAUGGCUACAAGAUAAACGAUCUUGACGGGAUAAAGAGUUUGGGUAUUUCUGUAACAGAUGUAAGUACCGACACAGCACAAAUACACAUGUAG